AAUGACUGUUCGCGCUGUGCUGCUGUGCUGAAUGCAGUGAAAAUGUCGACUGAAGCGGAGUAUGAGUGCAUCGUGAUCGGGGCCGGCGUCCAGGGCUCCUUCACGGCCUACCAACUGGCUAAAAACAACAAGAAGACUCUUCUGCUGGAGCAGUUCAUCCUGCCCCACACCCGCGGGAGCUCCCAUGGCCAGACCCGCAUCAUCCGCAAGGCCUACGAGCAGGGCUUCUACACCCACAUGAUGGAGGAGUGCUACGAGCUGUGGGCUCAGCUGGAGAGGGAGGCGGGUGUCAAACUGUACCGACAAACAGGACUCCUGGUGAUGGGGCCAGAGAACAGUCAGAACUACCAGCAGUUUAAGGACACCCUGCAGAAGAACAAGAGUCCCAUGAUGGUCCUGACCCCUGACAACUUCAGCCAGCACAUCCCCCAUGUCAACCUGGCUGAGGGAGAUGGAGCGCUGGUGGACAUAACUGCUGGAGUUUUGUACGCUGACCGUGCACUCAGGACUGUACAGGGGCAGUUUCAGAAGUUGGGUGGUGUCAUAAGAGACAAAGAGGCAGUGACAGACAUCAUGCCUGGCCCUGUUGUGACAGUGUCAACCUCUCUCGGGGUUUAUCGAGCCAAGAGUGUGGUGAUCACCGCUGGACCCUGGACUAAUAAACUACUGGCCCACACUGGCUUACAGCUGCCACUAGAGGUGGUGAAGAUCAAUGUGUGCUACUGGAAAGAGAAGGUGCCGGAAACAUACAGCGUGAAGCAGCCAUUUCCCUGCUUCCUUCUGACUGAGGGUGAGGAGUCCAACGAGCACAUCUAUGGCCUCCCGUCCAACGAGUACCCGGGCUUGGUGAAGAUAUGCUACCACAUGGGCAGUAAGACUGACCCAGACCAGCGAGACAAGCAGACAGACAGGACUGAUAUUGACAUCCUCCAGCGCUACAUCGCCCGCUGUUUACCUGGCCUGGUCCCUGAACCUGCUGUGGUGGAGAGCUGCAUGUAUACGCUAACGCCUGACCGUCAUUUUGUGCUGGACUGCCACCCCACCUACAGCAACAUUGUGAUUGGAGCAGGAUUCUCAGGUCACGGCUUCAAGUUCGGACCAAUCAUUGGCAAGCUUCUGUGUGAACUCAGCCUGGGAGAAAUGCCCUCCUAUGACCUUUCACCUUUCCGAAUCAGGCGCCUCCAGACAAAGACCAAAUCUGCUUUAUAAAGCUGGGACUGGAUACGAGCGAGGAUAAGAGCCCACUUCCAGUCUCAUUCAUACUGAGCUAAUCUCUAAAAAUCUUCUCAUCUAACUGAAGAAAGCAAAAAAGCAAAUAAUCACUUUUCCUAAAAUGCUGAAUUUUUUUCUUCACAUGUCAUGUAUAGGAGGGAAGGAGAAACCUGCUUUCUGUAAUGGGUGUACAGGGGAUUAUAGAAACCUGAUUUCCCCAGCUAGAUUUCUGCUGCAGCUAAGCUGAUUUCUUGGCCACAUAUACACAGAAGCUGGAGUCUAAUUGACUUUUAACAUGUAUGCAUGUGCAUGACAAACAAAUGAUUGACAGCAUCGGAGCAGGAUGACAGGAGAGAUUAUUUCAUGUGGCAACGCGAACUUCUGUUCAAAAUAGUUAAAUCCAACGUCUGACUAAAACUGAAACUGAUGAAAAGUAAGUAAGAGAAGUCAGCUUCCAAAAGUGAACUUUUAACUCUAGAUUUUACACAAUCACACAUUUUUGCACAUUUGCAUUACAAAAUCCUGUGCUAUUUCUACAGAUCCUCCAUGAAAACACUUUGUGUGAUAUCCUGCAUAAUGUGAGUAACCUGAUGUCAUGUGUUCAUCUACAGAUACCAAGUUAUUGAAGUGGACACCUGUCCUUAAGAGUGGUGAGACUAACUAUUGUUUUAAUAGUGAGCAGUUCACCAGUGUAUGAUUAGUAGAGUGCUGUAUGACAUCUAACCCACAAGAACCCAGACUGCACAGAUUUUCAUUUGAAUGAAUAAAAGAAGAAAUAAGAUAGAAUAGAAUAGAAUGAGAAGCAACGAGAACCUUACAUAAUGAACUAGGAAUAAACAAAUGCUGCCUUGAUUUUGACCAGAGAAUUAGCAUCAACAACUAAAUUCUAACAUUGUUGUGUAAUUGUACAUUCACCCAUCUGUGACAAAUUGUAAUAAAAAAGCUAGAAUCUCA